AGGAAGAGUUCACACACAUACACACUCGCGCGGAGUCAGGCGGCCAGAUUUCUCUAAACGUGGGAGCAGGAGGGCUGCGCGCUGCAGAGCUCCAAGUCUGUCUUUUGUCUCCCUUUUCUCUGCCAUUUGUGACUAUCGCCAUGGCCCGCGCGGAGAUAUUCAGCACGAGGCGUCCUGAUAUCUCCUCCAGGUCAUCGUGAGAGUAGAUCUACAGUGAAGACACCUUCUCUCAGUCUGCGGUUAGCUGCGCGGAGGGCUCAUUUUAGACGGAUGUGCUUCUUGCUCUGGCUCGUCUGCACAAGACCCGGUGGCGCUCGGCAUUUUUCCCUUCACUGCAUUUGUGCUCAAUUUAUGAAAAUGCAUUCACAUUCCAUGGCACAGGGCAGUUACCUGUCCUCUACCAAAUGGACUGUGAAAGAAACCAGUAACGUUUUUGUUUUUUAUUUCAUCCUGCUUUGGAACAAAGUUAUUGUUGUUUGAACUCGCUUUUACAUCAGACACAAUGUCUCGGCCUUUUGGUUUCUGCAGUUAAAAUCUGAAGUUAGAGUUCAAUGAAAAACGCAACAAACAGUUGUUUUUUUGUUUAAAUAUAUAUAUUUCUUCAUAUAUAUAAAACAACAAAUGAAUAAGAUUGGUUUGAAUCUUAUUUGUAUGGGAAUAGCUGACUUUUAUUUUAAAGCAUGGUGUAUUAUUAUUAUCAAAUAUUAUUAUGCCUUGUGCUUUUCUAUGGCUUACAACACGUUCAAUGAAAUAUUCUACUAUUUCAUUAGCAACGUCACAUUAUUAAGACUCUCCUAGAGUUUGACCUGCUGUGUCGACUGCAGUUUCUAGUUUCCCCAAAAAUCUUUUUUUUGAGGCGGAUUCCUAUGGUUACCUGCGUGAGUUAUGGCGCCUGAGCGGCAGGCUCUGGCUGUGCCAUCCCCGAGUUUUCUGCCCACCCGAGUUCCGAGCGUGGCCGCACACUCCGAGCGAGCCGCGCCGGCCCGCUGACCCCCAUAUAUCACCGCGACGGGCCGCCGCUGCGCGGGCAGCACCGACAGCAGCCAUUAUUAUGGGGCCUGCGAGGAGAGGUUCACGUUGUGGUCAUGGAGACGCGCGGGCGCCUGCCCGGUUUUUCAGGUUUCCUCGUGGCCCUUCCAUUUAUCUUGCAGCACGAAAAGAAGAAGAAGAAGAAGAAAAAAAAAACGAAAACAAAAGAAGAAAAGAAAAAAAAGAAUGCGGUUGUUUAUGGUUCACCCGAGGAGGCCAUUGGCGGAGAGGCGUCACGUGACCACGGGGUGCCAAUGUUAUUCUACAAGGGUGUCAAGACCCUGUCAGUUUCUGAAAUAAAUAUUGGGAAACGGCGAGAUGCAAAAGGCAACCUACUACGACAGCUCUGCAAUUUACAGUGGCUACCCAUAUCAAAGCGCAAAUGGCUUCAGUUAUGAUGCCAAUCAGGUCCAAUAUCCCCGGGCCUCUCAUGUGGAAAGUGAGUACCAUCGACCCGCCUGCUCCCUGCAGUCUCCUGACGGCUCCGUGGCGCUGCAGAAGCCGGGGGAGAUGGCGGAGAGCUGCGACAGGACCACAGCCAUUCAGGCGGCGCAGUCCCAGGUUCAUCCCGAAAGCAAUCAACCGCAGGUGCCGGUGUCAGCUCCGCCCCCUCCCUCACAAUCCCCCGGUGCUGUCAGCCAAAACACAAGCAACGGGCCCAACCAGCCCAGUGCCAAGAACGACUCCCCGACCUCCAAUGGCCGCGGCAAGCAGAUCUUCCCCUGGAUGAAGGAGUCCCGUCAGAACACCAAGCAGAAACCCACCAGUAGCACCAGCUCAGUGGAGAGUUGCCCCGGAGACAAGAGUCCUCCGGGGUCAGCAGCGUCGAAGAGGGCCCGGACAGCUUACACCAGCGCACAGCUAGUGGAGCUAGAGAAGGAGUUCCACUUCAACCGGUACCUUUGCCGACCCCGGAGGGUGGAGAUGGCCAACCUGCUCAACCUCACCGAGAGACAGAUCAAAAUCUGGUUCCAGAACCGCAGGAUGAAAUACAAAAAGGAUCAGAAGGGCGUCGGCAUGAUGCCUUCCCCCGGGGGCCAGUCCCCGCGGAGUCCCGUGGGCCCGGCCUCCGGUGGCGGUGGAGGAUACCUCAACUCUAUGCAUUCUCUUGUGAACAGUGUACCUUAUGAAUCCCAGUCGCCGACGUCUUACAGUAAACCACAUCAAAAUGCAUACGGUAUGGCCACGUCAUACCCCCCUCCUUUGAACAGCUCUCUCAACAACUGCCCGCCCUCCCAGAAGAGGUAUCCCGGAACCGACUCGGCCACGCCCGAGUAUGACGCGCAUCCUCUCCAAGGCAAUGGCAACUACGGGACGCACAUGCAGGGCAGCCCCGUCUAUGUCGGCGGAGGUUACAUCGAGUCCAUGCCCAAUUCCGGGGCCUCCGUUUUCGGUCUGACCCACCUCCCGCACCCGCCGUCCGCAAACAUGGACUACAACGGAGCAAUCACAAUGGGCAACAGUCAGCACCACGGAGUGUGUGAUCCGACACCGACGUACACAGACCUAACGUCGCACUACUCUCAGGGAAGAAUCCAGGAAGCGCCCAAACUGACGCAUCUGUAGCGGUGGCGCUGCACGGAUCACUCCGCCCAUUGUCUUACCCACCUACAGACACAUCACUGCUUUGUUUCCGCGCCUCCUCACGGCUCCCACCUUCUCUCUGCCUUUGUUUAUGUUUUCUAUAGUUUGAUGUGUGAAGUAGCGUAGGAUAAAUAAUCACGACUUUGCUUGGAUUUGUUCCCUGUUUGCUCGAGUCAUCGUCUUACAAAGACCUUUAUCUGGACUGUAGGACUCUAUAGCGGGAGGGAGGGAGAGGGAGGGGGGGCACGGUAUAUGCAUAGGCCUAUUUAAUCUUUUUUUUCUUCCCAAUCUUGUUUUUAAAACUGAAACUCAAACAGGGUAUUAUGAACGUAUGUUAUUCAUUCUCAAUGUGAAUUUGUUCGUCUUUUAUUUAUCCGCAGUUGAAGAAUUGUGUUUUGCAUUUUGUUGCACUUGUGAAAGGAUCCUUCAAGAGCCCCGAGCUCGGAGUAUAUGGAAGGAAAUACAUUUUCAAAAAGGAAAAAACACAAGGGUCAUGGGCUUCAACGCAGCCUCCCCUUGCUUGUGUUUUGUUCUAUUGGACUUUCUAAUGUUAUUUAUUUUGUUUGGUGUUAAGAUAAAAAACAGGACUCCUUUAGUAUUAUUUGACACCCCUGCGGUCUUUGCGUGGGGAGAAGGUUGACGGCGCCUUUUCUAGUCCAAACAUGUAGUCUGCAGCUCCGCAGAAGCAGCAGCUCACCAUGUUGCUACCAUAGCCUUUAUGUUUCCAUUUUAUUUUUUUCUUCUUCGAGGAGGUAUCUUGUUUUUGUCAGCCAAUGUAAAAUCAAUCAGUCAUGCAAUAAGGGUGGAAUGAGGGGGACACGCGUUCGCAGUUUCUUUAUUGAAGAAAGAAAAGACGAAAGAAACAGACCAUCAUAUUCUUUUUCGAUGUCAUACAUUCCAUGCUGCUCCAGUUCGAAGAUAUGAAUAAAAGAAUUGAAAUAUAA